UACUAAUUACUAGUACUGUUUGGUCUUCUUCUAAAGUCCCAACGCCCUCUUUAUUGCCGAGUCAUAUGCACCGUUCAAAGACUCUCUCCUUCAUCUCUCUCUACUUCUACUGCUUAUUCUUCUUCUUUCCCUCAUCUUCUUCAUCAAUGGCUAAAGCCAGUGGACUCUCCCUUGAUUUGGAUCCCAUCUCUCUCUCUCUUCACAACCCACCUGUACUCAACUCUUUCCCCGAAGACAACGUUAAACCCAACCAUGCUACAAAUACAAUAGCUACCAUGUCUCCUCCACCCGCCAUCGAUCACUUCCCCGUUAAACUCAACCGUUCCUAUGAUCAAAGCCGCCCUUCUUUAUUGCCUUUCGAUGAUAAUAAACGAAGGAUCGUUGGCGAAAGGGAUUUUUUCGCUGAAAAGAAUGAUCGUAAACUUGUCGUUGAUGAUGCCGAUUCCAUGCACACCUCCGAUACCGACAUCAAAGGUUCCACUGACCGAACUGACCUCGAGCUUAACGUCGACAUUGGUUUGAAUCUGUUGACUACGAAUACCGGUAGCGAUCAAUCCUCAGUGGAUAAUAACGGGAUUUCUCACGAAAUGGUGGAUAAAAAAUCUAACAAUCAGGUAGUUGUUUUGCAAGAUCAGCUGAAACGGGCGAAAGCUGAGAAUCAACGGUUAAAAGGGAUGCUGGUUCAGGUAACUAAGAACUACAACUCAAUUAAAAUACAACUGGGUUCCCCGAUGCAUCGCCGUGGUGGAAAAGUUGAAAAAGCGGAAGAAGAAGAAGAUCAUAUGAUUACGGAGGAAAAAAUGGAACAAAAGAAACGACAUGGAGUACAAAUAGAUCCGAAACAGUUGAUGGAUCUUGCUGAUGAGCUGUCGUCUUCUUCGUCCGAAAGUAAGAGCCACCAUGAGGAUAGCUCAGGAAUUGCUGAUAACAAGGUUCCAAGAUUCAAUGUUGAUCAAACUGAGGCGACAAUGAAGAAGGCUCGAGUUUCAGUUAGAGCUAGAUCAGAGGCUCCUAUGAUUACAGAUGGAUGCCAAUGGAGAAAGUAUGGACAGAAAAUGGCCAAGGGAAAUCCUUGUCCUCGAGCGUAUUACCGAUGUACCAUGGCCACAGGUUGCCCUGUUAGAAAACAGGUACAAAGAUGCGCAGAAGAUCGAACAAUCCUCGUCACCACAUACGAAGGCAAUCACAAUCACCCUUUACCUCCGGCGGCAAUGUCAAUGGCGUCCACAACAUCAUCGGCUGCACGAAUGCUGCUAUCCGGUUCCAUGUCCAGUGCCGAUGGAAUAAUGAGCUCGAAUUUCGUCACAACUCUCCUGCCUUGCUCCUCAAGCAUGGCUACCAUAUCAGCUUCAGCUCCUUUCCCCACAAUUACCUUGGACCUUACACAGCCCCCGAAUACCUCACAGUUCCCUCGCCUACCAGGCCAGGUCGCGGUCCCGUUUCCAAGCCUCCCAUCACCGAUCAAUCUCGCCAAUUCCCCGACCGCCGCGGCAUUGUUGCCACAACUUUUCGGCCAGGAACUUAACAACCAAUCCAAAUUCUCUGGUCUACAAAUGUCUCAAGAUUUGGAGCGAACCCAAUUGCAACAGGGCCAGGAAAAUACUUUGGCUGACACCGUAAACACGGAAACCGCUGCCAUUGCAGCGGAUCCGAGCUUCACCUUGGCUCUAGCCGCCGCGAUCACAUCUAUUAUCGGGAGUUCUCAAUCUCACCCCUACAAUGUCCAUAAUAGUAAUGGUAUGAACCUCAACAACAGCAGCGGCAAUGCCAUCAACGCUAGCAACAGCGACGACAGCGUAGGACGAAGAUGAAACGAAAUGGACUUUUAGGAAGAAGGCAUGCACUUUUAUGUUAAAAAAGAAACUGAAAACCAUGCAUACUUGUUUUUGAGGGUGGGGGUACUAGUAGUAUUCUUUAGUUACACGAAUAAUUUGCUCCAGCUUGUAUGUGAAUGCAUAGUCAGCAGAAGAUUACAAAUGGUACAAGGCCAAGAAGAACAAGUAUUUUGUAUGGCUUUGAAAGGAAAGAGGAAUCCAA